AUGGAACUGAUGUCUGCAUCAAUUUCACAGACUCUUACACAUGCCCUGCUUGAAGCACAGAAAUCGGCUCAGCCGACCAUUACCCAGGCUUUGCCUGUCGUAACCCCUACACAACCUCACACUGUUCGCAAGGCCAUGGCUAAAAUGAAACACUCUUCAAUCUCACAGAUGGACAGCUACACACCUGUCACAGAUGGCGCGCCUAAUAUACCACUGCGCAAAAGAGCCACUAGCCGGGCUAG